CGAAAGAUGAUGAUGUCGCAUGGCCCAAACGAGAAGGGGAAAGGGGGGUGGGCAAGAGAAGAGAAAAGAAACCAAUGCCUUUCGUUUUCCGUUUUAAUAUCUUUUUUUCCUUUUUCAGUGUCUUGAUUCCCGCUAUUUUUGCUUACACACAACUGGGCAUAUUCUCCUUUGUUUUUCUUUGUCGUUGUUCACAGAUACCAUGGAUAUGUAUGGCGGGCGUCAGGGAGAAAUAUGAUAUGGAACCAAAAGCAUCGCGCGUGGAGAUUUGGUGGACAAGAGUCUGUAUUUUUGCUAUUGAAAGCGUCAUGUAUAAAAGUGUCAUGUAUAUUGCAGCAUACUGCCUCCUCGUAGGCUUAAUUACUCGAAGCAAAACCCAAGGUGGUCCCGCCUUGUAGACUUGCACCUCUGAAAUAUAAUAAUCAGUCUUG